GGCCUCUGCCUCCUGUGCUGGGCCGCGGCGGCGGUGGGCGCCGUCCCCGAGCCCGGGCUCUGGGCCGCCACAGUCAGCGACAAAUCAGGACCUUUGGUAUUUAGGAAAACUAUGUUUAACUCUACUGAGAUCAAGUUUUCUGUUAAGUCAUUCAAUUGUUCCGGGCCUGUAAAGUUUACCAUACAGUGGUAUUUGGAGUAUUAUACCUGUGACAAUGCCUAUGCUGAGCUGGAAGAGCUGUCACAAAAUCAUGACAGUGUUAAUAAAGACUUUUGUCAUUAUUUCAAGAACAUCGAAUGUCGGACAACAAAAAAUGAAAACUUAGAUUGCAGCAGUGAUUUACAGGUGUUUCCCUCAUUGAAUAAUAAAGAACUAAUAACAAAUAUCAGAAAUGUUUCAAACCAGGAAGGAUCAGAGGAUGUGAUAGCCAGAACACAGAGAGAUGGGUUUCAUAUCUUUAUUGUUUCUAUUAAAACGGAAAAAACAGAUGCAAAGUGGAAUUUAAAUGUUUCUCUUUCUAUGAUGGGGCCUCAUGGCUAUAUCUCUGCUUCAGAUUGGCCUCUAAUGAUUUUUUACAUGGUGAUGUGUAUCGUUUAUAUUUUAUAUGGCCUACUCUGGCUGAUCUGGUCUGCCUGUUACUGGAAAGAUAUAUUAAGAAUCCAGUUCUGGAUUGCAGCCGUUAUUUUCCUGGGAAUGCUUGAAAAGGCAGUUUUUUAUUCUGAAUAUCAAAACAUCAACAGCACUGGGCUAUCAACCCAAGGUUUAUUGGUGUUUGCGGAGUUGGUAUCUGCGAUUAAGAGGACGUUGGCACGCCUCCUUGUGAUCAUUGUGAGCUUGGGGUAUGGCAUUGUGAAGCCCCGUCUGGGAACGGUCAUGCACCGGGUGAUUGGACUAGGGCUUCUUUACUUCAUCUUUGCAGCUGUCGAAGGCGUGAUGAGAGUCAUCGGGGGUUCUUACCAUUUAGCUGUUCUUUUGGGUGACAUUAUUUUAGCAGUUAUUGACUCCAUUUUUGUAUGGUUCAUUUUUAUAAGUUUGGCACAAACUAUGAAGACUCUAAGGCUAAGAAAGAACACAGUGAAAUUUUCUUUAUACAGGCACUUUACAAAUACGCUCAUCUUUGCCGUACUGGCUUCUGUAGUGUUUAUGGUGUGGACAACUAAGACAUUUAGAAUUGCAAAAUGUCGAUCAGAUUGGAUGGAACGCUGGGUUGAUGAUGCAUUUUGGAGCUUCCUUUUUUCGCUUAUUCUUAUUGUAAUAAUGUUUUUGUGGAGACCAUCAGCAAAUAAUCAAAGAUAUGCCUUCAUGCCCUUAAUAGAUGAUUCGGAUGAUGAAAUUGAAGAAUUCAUGGUAACAUCUGAAAAUUUAACUGAAGGAGUAAAAUUAAGAGUCUCAAAAACAGUUUCCAAUGGAACAGCUAAACCGUCUACAUCUGAAAAUUUUGAUGAAGAUUUGAAGUGGGUGGAAGAAAAUAUUCCCUCUUCAUUCACAGAUGUAGCUCUUCCAGUGUUAGUGGAUUCAGAUGAGGAAAUCAUGACCAGAUCUGAAAUGGCAGAAAAAAUGUUCUCUUCAGAAAAGAUAAUGUGAUUGGAACCCGUAUAAAUGAAACCUGGUUAACAGUGAAGGAGUGUCCUUCCUCAAGACUAAAAGAGAGCUUUGUUUUGAUGUAGGGCAACAAGUUUUUGUUCCAUUAUCUUGGAAAUCUACGUGUUAAAAUUAAGAAUUCAGGUGGUAGGAGAGCCCUGCAGCUCUUUUUAAACUGACUCUUAAAUGUCAGUUUAAUGUCCAUUCAGUUGCCUGGACUUGGAAAUGCUCCGAGAAAGUAUUAUGAUCAAGAUACACGCCCAAAUGCCAUUAGCUGAUGGGGGGCAGGUGUGUGGAUUUGGGUUCUCUUUUUUCUGGAAAAUAUGACAUUUCCAGAUUUAAAAAAUUAUAUUACGUAAAACACUCCUACUGUUCGUCCACUGACCUUUGAGAUAGAUGAUAUGAUUCUUCUGAAGUGUGGUAAAGCAGUGUCUCCAUCUCUUGGGUUUAUAGUUGCCUGAUGCAGCAAUAAUUUUCUUUGACUUAUGCUGAAGUGAUCUGAUAAUAAGUAAAACUUGGUUAACAGUG